AUGAGGGGUGUUGAAACUUGGGAUGAGAUGAAGCAAAUCAUGAGGGACAGAUUUGUACCUCAACAUUACUAUAGGGAGUUGCACCAAAGGUUGCAAGGGCUGGUGCAAGGAAACAAAAGUGUGGAAGAAUAUUUCAAGGAGAUGGAGAUGGCUAUAAUAAGAGCCAAUGUAGAGGAGGAUAGGGAAGCCACUAUGGCUAGGUUCCUAAAGGGGCUGAAUCUUGAUAUUGCCAACAUAGUGGAGCUACAGCACUAUGUAGAGCUUGAUGACAUGUUAAAUAUGGUAAUCAAGAUAGAAAAACAACUAAAGAAGAAAAAAGCAUUCAAAAUGGGUGUAGGUAUGAAUUUGGGCAACAAUGCUCCAUGGAAACCGAAUUGGAAGAAGGGUGAAACUAGUGAUUCCAAGGCUGUUUCUAAGGAAAAGAAAGAGGAGACUAGGGGUGGAGAAAAGCCUAGUGUGACUAAGAAAGGCAAGGGACAGAAUACCUCCAGUGGGAGAACUAGGGAUAUCCAAUGUUUUAGGUGCCUAGGGAAGGGAUAUUAUGCAUCUCAAUGUCCUAACAAGAGGGUGAUGGUGAUGAGGCCGAAUGGGGAGAUCGAAUCAAAAGAUGAUGAUGUUGAUGAUGAUGAUACUAGUGAGAGUAUGCCUCCUUUGGAGGAAGCUAGUGAUGUAGAGCAUGCCGUGGGAGGAAAUAUUCUGGUGGUUAGGCGUGCACUAAGUGCACAAGCAAAGGAAGAAGAGGGAGAUGCACUACAAAGGGAAAAUAUUUUCCACACUAGAUGCUUGCUGAAUGGUAAAACUUGUAGCAUGAUUGUAGAUAGUGGUAGUUGUGUGAAUGUUGCCAGCACACUCAUGGUUGCGAAGCUUGGCAUGCGCACCAUCAAGCAUCCUAGACCAUACAAGUUGCAAUGGCUGAAUGACUGUGGGGAAAUUAAGGUGAACAAGCAAGUGAUGUUGGCUUUUUCUAUUGGAAGGUAUAAGGAUGAGGUGUUGUGUGAUGUGGUGCCAAUGCAAGCUGGACAUAUUUUGCUAGGGAGACCAUGGCAAUAUGAUAGGAAGGUAGUGUAUGAUGGAUUUAGGAAUAGGUACUCCUUUGAUCAUGAUGGACGAAGGGAGUUUGAAGAUGUCUUCCCUCAAGAAAUACCUAAUGGGCUACCACUAAUUAGAGGCAUAGAGCACCAAAUAGAUUUUGUGCCUGGAGCUGUAAUCCCAAAUAGGCCAGCCUAUAGAACCAAUCCGAAAGAGGCUAAGGAACUUCAAAGACAAGUGGAGGAGCUUCUAGCAAAAGGCCAUGUUGGGGAGAGCAUGAGCCCAUGUGCCAUACUUGUUCUUUUGGUGCCUAAGAAAGAUGGGAGAUUUGUGGUGAGUGGCAAGGGAAUUGAAGUUGAUGAGGACAAGGUAAAAGCCAUUAGAGAGUGGCCUACACCUAAGUCCAUGAGUGAUGUGAGGAGCUUCCAUGGGCUGGCUAGUUUUUAUAGGAGAUUUGUAAAGGACUUUAGUACCAUAGCCGCACCCUUAAAUGAAGUUGUAAAAAAGAAUGUGGGAUUCAAGUGGGGGGAAGAACAAGAGCAUGCAUUUAAUUCACAUAAGGAGAAAUUGUGUUCUGCACCUUUACUUACUUUACCUGAUUUUUCUAAAACUUUUGAGAUUGAAUGUGAUGCCUUUGGAGUGGGUAUUGGAGCUUUUUUGAAGCAGGAAAGGAGACCGAUUGCCUACUUCAGUGAGAAGCUAAGUGGGGCUACAUUGAACUACUCCACUUAUGACAAAGAGAUGUAUGCUCUGGCAAAGUCCAAAGUAAGGCCACAUGGUCUAUACAUGCCAUUGAGUGUUCCUAGUGAACCUUGGGUAGAUUUAUCCAUGGAUUUCAUUUUGGGUUUACCUAGGACAAAGAAAGGCCAUGAUAAUAUUUUUGUUGUUGUUGAUCGUUUUUCCAAGAUGGCUCAUUUCAUACCAUGUCACAAGACUGACGAUGCAUCUUACAUUGCUUCUUUGUUCUUUAAGGAGAUAGUUAGAUUGCAUGGCAUUCCUAGAACAAUUGUUAAUGAUAGGGAUGUGAAAUUUCUAAGCCAUUUUUGGAAAGUCUUGUGGGGAAAAUUAGGAACAAAACUUUGUUUCUCCACCACUUGCCAUCCAUAA